AUGCUUGCAUCAUCGUCGUCUGCAGACACAGAAAUCCCCAAAAGCGCGGUGCUGAGCCUUUGUGAAGAUGACUCUAGGAAAAAGCGAAAGGACGAGCAUCGGAACCACCCUAUGAUAACGAAUCAAAGCUCCCCUGAAUUUCGGGUAAUCUCUGAAGGGGCUCAGCAGUUGUUUAUCUUAUUGGCACUUUCUGCAGCCAGCUUUCUGGAAUCAAAAGAAAACUCUGGUGGCCAAAAGACUCUGGCCAGUGAUGUGGCCCUUGAGAACUUUAAGCAACGAUGGGAAUUGUUCAGAGUCGCUUGUGAUCAAGCAGAAGAGUUUGUGGAAUCUGUGAAGCAAAGAAUAGGGUCUGAGUGUCUAGUGGAUGAGGCCACUGGCUCUGUUGCUCAGAAACCUGGACAGCCUGUUCAAAGUGGUCUUCCACCUAUCAGUGCUGUUCUGGAACUGGUGGUGGUUCAUCGCAACCCCACCCUACAGCUCCUUUUGAUGCUCGAUUUACUGAAGAUGCUGGUCAAUAGGAAAGAAGCUUUCUACUUCGAUUAUGUACUUCAACAGGCCACUGAGAACCCACGUUCAUGUUGGUAA